UUUCUAUUUAAAUUCUUUCCCUUUCACUUACUUCUCACUUUCCCCACUUCAUUCUUUGCACUCUCGUAUUGUUUUCUAGCUCUUUUCUCUUCUUUCGAAUUCUUAAGUAUAUUCUUGUUCUGUUUUGAUGCAAUGGCUUCUUCGACCAUUUCUAGACAGAGAAAGCAUUUCCCAUUAGAACGGAGACCUCGGAUGCUAAAAGAUUUCCUCCUGGAUGACUCAAAUUCAUGUUCCUCGAAUGGGUUCAAGUCAUUUCCAAGAACAACCUGCCAGGAUUCUAGCAUCCGGAAUCUCAUCGAAACCGAUCUCAACUCGAGCCAUGCAAAGCCAAGCUGUGCACAGAGACUUCAAAGGAGCCGAUCAAAAGCUGCUUCAACAACAAUCUCAACAUUCCAGGCAAUGAUCAAGGCUGUCAGAAACAUCCAUUUCACUUCAGUUAAAUCUCCUUUGAUCCUGCCUAGAAGCCUUUCACGUAAACUGUCAAAAAAGAAUUCACAGAAAGAAACUGAAACCAGAACUACCGUGAGAGUUAAAGAUAUCAUACGGUGGAAAUCAUUCCGUGAUUUGGUCGAGGAAAAACCUCCUCCAUCAGAUUUCGCUUCUUCGCCUCAUCAUUGCACCGCCAGGUCCACCACAACCACCACAACGACGGGGUCCAAGAGUACUCCUUGCACUAGCAACUGCUCAAGCUGGUGUGACAGCGAUUUUACCUCGGAAUAUUUACCCUCCGAGGAGCACCACGAACGUGAAGUCGACGUGGGUAAAAAAUUCUUACCUUGUGUCGGCAAGGAUCCCAUGGAGACGACAACAGGGCUAGUGGCCAACACAGCAGUGGGGCCCAAUCAGGGGAGGAAGAAUGCAAGUGAAGAGAAAGAACAGAACAGCCCACUUUCGGUGCUUGAUUUCGAGUAUGAAGAAGAUGAUGAAGAGUCAUUAUCCUCUUUCAAUCGAAGCCUGGCCACUGUGGAGAGGAAAAGGCAACAGCUUAUGCAAAACAUCGAGCGUUUCGAGAGUCUAGCAAAAUUGGAACCUGUCAACCUAGAAAAAUGGAUGUCCUUGGAAGAAACGGAAGAAGAAAGUGAAGAUGAUGAUGCAGAAGAGGAAGAAGAAACAAAUGAAGUGGAAGAAAAGGCACGGCAGCUGCUGAAUCAUGUCAAAGAAACAAGUUUACGAAAGAGCUAUAGAUAUAUCAGUAUCGACAAACUGCUUUUGGAUCUAUUUAGAGAAGAAUUAGCUACAAAGUGGAAUGAAACAAGAAAAGAAGAGCUUGAACAUGAUAUGAUUAGGCAAGCAAAAGCAUGGAUCAAUGGAGAACAGAACGAGACUGCAAAAUGGAGAGUAUGGGAAAAAAGAGAGGCUUAUGUUAGAGAUAUGGACAGAGAAGGAAAGUGGAGCAAGUUUGAGGAAGAGCAAGAAGAGUUGGCCUUGGAAGUUGAGAGUAGGGUGAUGAAUAUUUUGGUGGAUGAACUACUAGUUGAUCUCCUUUAUUUCUCACCAUAAAGCCAAAGGUGAAUUUCAUACGUUUUUCAGCUACCAAUUCAGCCCAUGGGACACCCAGAGAGAAGAGUUGCCCGGAGCACGGGUCCUGCUCGUUUUGUUACCAUCUGAUGAAAGAUUGAGAAAGAGCAGGAAUCUGUUGUUAGCUAUGGGCAAUGUCCAUGAUAUCAAGAGGCAAAGAAUUGAGUAAAAAUGAGUUUCCCAGCAAACUAUACUAGAGUUUGAGGCCUUGUAAGGUUGGGAAGAAGAAGCCCAUGUUGGCAUACCUCAUGCCUUUUUUAGAUGGAUCCUGUAGCCUCAGAAAUCAGAAUAUAUGAUAAAAUGUUGUAGAAAGAAAAUAAAUAACAUGUACUGCUGUCAUAUUU